GGAAUGCGCCUGCAAGGACGUCCACUCUAUCACACGAUCGCAACCACACCGAGUAGCAGUAAUAUUAAUAAUAACAAUAAUACUGGUCCGGUACCUCAGUUAACGCUAAGCGAUGACGGGGAGACGUUAUGCGUAAGGAAUGGGGUACAACGCUCCUCGUUGAGACUCAUUCAGCCAUCUCAACCGCCGCUUAAUCAAGCUCCGCAAAAACACGAUACGGAAUGUCAAGCUGGACCGGGCUUCAACGCAAUGUCGACUGGAUAUCACUCGCUGGACCGGAAGGCGCAUCUAAUGGGAUACUACAGAUCACCAAUUGAGGAUAAUCCGUACAGGUUGACCGCCCUGGGACAGCAGCAGACGUCUGCGGCG